CCUCGAGGCAGAGUCUCAGAGGGCUGGCUCUGAUCACUUACUCCAGCCCUUUCUUUCAAACAUGCUCGCACAAACCGGCGCUCACUCACGCACACUCUUUCUAGUAGCUGUAACUUCUUGGAGUACUGCUUCUGCAGCGUGGAAAUCUUGGAUUGUCUGAAUACGAGGGGCUCUGCUCUUCUGGAGGUGUCUGUCUUCUGUGAACCACUUCAGUUGUGCAGAUGGUCAGAGCAGUCAGCAGCAAACUUUGUGACAGCUAAUUUAAGCUCAAGUCUACUUCCCCUCCUAACUGCCUUUGCAGGUACUGUGUUGUAUGGAGCUGAACAAGCUGCCUUUUCUCUGAAAUCCUUUGCUGUGGAUUACUUUACAAUUAUCUGCUGCUUUGGAAUAUCUUGUCAUUUUGAAGGAAGGAGGCAUAAGUCUUAUAAUGGAUGACCACAGCGGUUCAAACAGCAGUCCCCAGCCUGGUCAUCCAAGGCAGAACAUCACUAAGUGCGGAUGGCUUAGAAAGCAAGGCGGCUUUGUGAAGACCUGGCAUACACGCUGGUUUGUCCUCAAAGGGGACCAACUGCAUUAUUUCAAAGAUGAAGAAGAAACUAAAGCACUGGGAAGCAUUACUCUACUUGGGAACAGAGUUGUGGAGCACUCGAGCAAUGGAGACGAACCUGGAAAGUUUCUUUUUGAAGUAGUCCCAGGUGCUGAUCGAGAACGGAUGACUGCCAAUCAUGAAACCUACCUUCUUAUGGCCAGCACCCAAAAUGACAUGGAGGACUGGGUGAAGACUAUACGUAGAGUGAUAUGGGCACCUUUUGGUGGAGGUAUCUUUGGGCAGAAGCUUGAGGAAACUGUUCGGUAUGAAAGGAGAUUUGGGAACAGGAUGGCACCAAUGCUUGUUGAACAGUGUGUAGACUUCAUUCGCCAAAAGGGACUGAAAGAAGAAGGGCUUUUCAGGCUCCCAGGCCAAGCCAACCUUGUGAAGGAAUUGCAGGAUGCUUUUGACUGUGGGGAAAAACCAUCAUUUGACAGCAAUACAGAUGUACAUACAGUGGCCUCCUUGCUAAAGCUAUAUCUUAGAGAACUUCCAGAACCAGUCAUUCCUUUUGCAAAGUAUGAAGAAUUUCUUUUAUGCACCAAACUCCUCAGCAAAGAUGAAGACAGUGGAAUGAAGGAUCUUGCUAAGCAAGUGAAGAGUUUGCCUCUGGUUAAUUAUAAUCUCCUCCAGUACAUCUGCAGGUUCCUAGAUGAAGUGCAGUCCUAUUGUGGAGUCAAUAAGAUGAGUGUACAGAAUUUAGCAACUGUAUUUGGACCAAACAUUCUACGUCCUAAGGUGGAGGAUCCUGUAGCUAUUAUGGAAGGUACUGUACUUGUACAACAACUUAUGUCUAUACUGAUUGGAAAACACGACAAACUGUUUCCUAAAGAGGAGGACCAAAUUGUACUAGAAGUGUGCAACAAUAACAACGAAUCUAAUAAAUCCCCUACAAGUGGUCAACUCCAGAACAAAGAGAAUAACAACACUAGAGAAAUAUCUGUCAGGCAGUGUUCAUGGGAGAAACCUGAAUCCCCACAAAGAAACAGCAUUGAUAAUGGAUCUCCAACUUCCUUAGGUGGUAGCAGAACAAACAGUCCAAGAAAUAGCCUUAGUGGCAAACUUGAUAUUACCAGAAGUCCACCUUUACUUGUAAAGAAGAACCCAGCUUUUAACAAGGGAAGUGGCAUAGUUACCAAUGGUUCUUUUAGCAGUUCAGUUGAUGUACAGGAGAAGUGCCAGACACUGCCAAAUGGUAACCUGCAGGCUAGAAGAACUGCCUCCUUGAAAAGUACAGGAACUAAAAUGGGGACUGGUAGUAUGCCUAAUGGAGGGGUGAGGAUGGGUGUUUCUAGCACAGAUGUUAUUAAUGCAACUUUAAAUGGUCGGAAUGGAAUAUGGAUGCCCAAUGGGUAUGUGACACUCAGGGACAACAAACAAAAGGACUCUAUGAAUGAAUUGUCAAAUCAGCAAAACAGGUUAUCCACAUAUGACAAUGUUCAGCACCAGUUCUUUGCAAUGAACUGUGAGGACAAACAGAGUGUGGACAGUGCAACCUGGUCCACAUCAUCUUGUGAAAUCUCAUUACCGGAGAACAAUUCUUGUCGGUCUUCUACCACAACUUGUCCUGAACAGGACUUCUUUGGUGGAAAUGAUGAAGACCCCAUAUUAGAUGGGCCACUGCAGGAUGAGCUUUCACAAGCUGGGGAAUUUGACUGCAAGUUUGAUCGACGAAGUGGAGGUGGUCGUAGCAGUCGGGCCACAAGCAGCAGUGACAACAGUGAAACAUUUAUUGUUAACACGUCAAGUAAUCACAGUGCCCUACAUAGUCUGGUGGCCAGUUUAAAACAAGAAAUGGUGAAACAAAAGCUUGAGUAUGAGUCACGAAUAAGAAGCCUGGAACAAAAGAACCUUGCACUGGAAACAGAAAUUACAUCAUUACAUGAAGAACUGGACCAGGAAAGAAAAAAGUACACUAUGGUGGAAAUAAAAAUGAGGAAUGCUGAGAGAGCAAAAGACGAUGCAGAAAAGAGAAAUGAAAUGUUGCAAAAAGAAAUGGAGCAGUUUUUCUCCACAUUUGGGGAACUAACAGUGGAGCCAAGAAGGCCAGAAAGAGGAAACACCAUAUGGAUUCAGUGAACUUGAAAUGUCUGUAAAGGACGGUUACAUAAUGAAGAAGGAGAAUUCAGGUGGCUGGUCACCUGGCCGAGGCAAGCACUCACUCUACUUAUUAUAGAUGAUAAGCAAACCAACAUUUCUUGCCAGUACUUUUAUUGUGUAUGUACCAAAUAUAUAAUCUAGGAAAUCAAAUGAUGUUAUGGUUUAGUGUUAUUGCUGGCGUUGUACAUAGAUGAUGUAUCAGAAAUAAGAAAUAUUUUAUUGCAAGUCUUGUAUUUAAAAGAAAUAUAUAUAUAUAUGUAUAAUGUUGCAUUUUAAGCUUUAUAUCAAAGCUUUUUCUUGCACUUAAAAUGAAGUUGUUUUAUUUUGUUUUUUUUGGCGGUUUCUUUUAAUUUUUCCUUUAUUUGCAUUUGCAUGGUGGCAUUUGUUAUUUUGGUUAUUUUAACUCACAAUUUUUUCAGUUUUAUUUGAAGGUGAUCAAAAUACAUUUGCAUUGUUAUUAAUGAUGUGCCAUUGGACUUGUCUUUGACCAAAACACCCUUGUAAAUAUUUUGUAAAACAUAAAAGAAACAUCUACUUUG